AUGUCCUCCCCCGACGAGUAUGAUGCCAAAGCCAACGACCCACCGCUCAUUGAGCGGUUUUCGACGAUAAAGUCGUACACCACGACGCAGGCUACCUACCCCAAACUCCGUGUUUUCUACCGGCGACAUCAGCAGGCAAAUUGCCUACCUACCUCGCCAGCGCCUAUCCCUCUCCUGGUCUUCAUUCAUGGCCUUGGAGGAUCUGUCGCCCAGUUUCAUGCUCUGCUCACCAGCCUCACUCCGAUAGCCUCGUGUCUCGCCGUGGACCUCCCGGGCUGUGGUCUCUCCGAUUUUGAGCCCAAGGACUGGGAGUCCUAUUCGACCGAUGCACUGAUCGAGCUUCUCGAAACAGUCAUCGAAGACCACCGAGAGGUGGCAGCAGGCCAAGGGGUGAUCCUGAUCGGCCAUAGUAUGGGCGCCUCUCUUGCUGCCUUGCUAGCCAAUCCAAGAAAACCUGUGACCGAGUUACACAAACACGUCCUCGGCCUUGUGGGCAUCUGCCCAAGCGCCAUGCAGCUGACCCCCAUUCAGUUGGCCGUCUUGCGCGCACUGCUCUGGAUUCCUGGCUUCAUUUUCGACCUGUGGCGAGCAUGGGACAGACGCGGCGGGCUCGAAAGCCCCAGCGUGCAUCGUUUCGUUGGGGCCAAUGCCGACGCCGAGUCGAAGCGCCUCCAAUGCAUGUACAAUCACCAGAGCAAGACCGCUGUCUGGCGGCGCAUGGCCUGGGGCGCGCUGCCCAAGUCCGUAAGAGCUGGAGCGACUCCGAGCGGUAUGCCCUCGCUGGAUGUAUGGGCAGGCCUCGACAUGCCUGUGUUCUUGGUAGGGGGCGAGGACGAUGUGGUUACCCCUGUGACCGAGAUCGAUAAAAUCGCCAGCCGUUUGCAGUCGACCACCUCUGCAGAGGGCGAUGAGUCGACCAGCGAAUUUGUCGGACAGAGCGAAGAGCAACCACAAGAACAGGCGCAAGCAAAGACACAGGAUACCGGGCUGGCGAACGGUAUCCCUCCAUUGCCGUCUCACCCAAAAAAGGUUGUGGUUACCACGAAGCUGCCCAAGCCAGCCGGCCACGGCUUGCUGUACAGUCCAGCCACAGCACCUAUCCUCUCUGGUCUUAUCUCCGACUUUCUGUCCGCCCAUGUCACUGGCAGGCUCUCCCUAGGCUGGCAGCUGCAGUACCUAUGCAAGGACGGCAAGUGGGACGUGAAGAAUCUGGAGAAGUGGCGCAACGUUGCCCCCGUCUCUGCACCCAUCGGCGGCGUGUUCCGGGCGAUAAAGACGCUCCGUGAGGUCGACGAUGAGCACUGCCCGCGUGUCUUUGUGCAGCGCUGGGGAAAUGUGAUCAAGGACAUCGUCGACAUCUCACACGACAACCCGGUCUAUGAUCCGAGCGGCCUCGAGGCCGGCGGCAUUCAUUACCACAAGUACCCGACCGUGUCCAAAGUGCCGCCUAGCGAGUCUGAGAUCCGUGGCUUCGUCGAUGUUGUUGAUAAGAUCCGCGCCGAGCAGAAGGUGCGCGCUAAGAUAGAGGGCUGGAAGGACGGGUACGCGGUCGGCGUGCACUGCCAUUAUGGUUUCAACCGCACCGGCUUCCUGAUUGCCUGCUACCUCGUCGAGCGGUGCGGGUUCACCGCUAAGGAGGCCAUUGAAGCAUUUGCUAAGGCCAGGCCCAACGGGAUCAGGCACGAGCAUUUCAAGGAUCGCCUACCUACUGAGCUAGCAAAGUCAAAGUCAUCGGCUGCGAUGUCCCCGAGCUCGGAGCGUACGCCGCUCCUGGCGGACGCCCAGCCGCGCACGUCCGAAGACUCGACCCGCCGUGCGGAAGAAGAAGAUGCCGCCCUUCACGGCCAGACACUCCCUCCUGCCCCUCGAUCGCGCGGUCUGGUCAUGCGCGAACUGAUCCUCUUCAUCUGGGCGCUGGCUGCAACUGCCGGUGCCAUCAUCCUCGCCGUGAUUGUCCAGCAUCGGGACUCGACGACACCUUCAGCUCCCCUCGCACCCGGCUCUCCCUCGGCCGGCGAGCCCUACAAGAAGAAUGGUUCCAAGAGCCAAAAACGCAAUCUUAUUUUCAUGGUCUCGGACGGAAUGGGUCCUGCGUCGCUCUCGCUGACUCGAUCCUUCCGGCAAUACACUUCCUCACUGCCCUACGACGACACGCUGACACUUGACAAGCACUUCUGGGGCACUUCGCGCACGCGCUCGACCAAUAGCUGGGUAACUGACUCGGCCGCCGGCGCCACAGCCUUCUCCUGUGGCCGCAAGAGCUACAACGGUGCCAUCGCGAUGCUGCCUGGCCACAAGCCUUGUGGAACCCAGGACGAGAUUGCUCUGCACGAAAUCGGCGAGGGUGUGCUGGGUCGUGUAGUCGACGUGAUCCUGGGCGGCGGACGUUGCCAUUUCCUCAGCAACCAGACACAGGGCAGCUGCAGGCAGGAUAGUAUUGAUGUCAUUUCAAUCGGCCAGAAAAGGCAUGGGUGGACAUACGCCGGCGACCGGGCCGCGUUCGACCAGCUCGCGCAGGGCAAGAACGCGACUCUUCCGCUGAUCGGCCUGUUCGCUCAGACCGACGUUCCCUUCGAGAUUGACCGUCGUCACAUGACCGAUAUCUAUCCCAGCCUGAGUGAGAUGGCGGCCACGGCACUGACAGCGCUUGAGGAGGCUACUAAGGACAGUGAUAAGGGCUUCUUCCUCAUGAUUGAGGGCAGUAGGAUCGAUCAUGCGGGCCAUAUCAAUGACCCUGCCGCUCAGGUCAGGGAGGUCUUGGAGUACGAUAAAACAUUCAAACUUGUGCUGGACUUCCUUGAGAAGUCCGACACAGAGGGCAUUCUGGUUGCCACGAGCGACCACGAGACUGGAGGCCUGGCUACUGCGUGGCAGGCCCCCGACGAACUCCCCGUCUACAACUGGCAUCCCUCAGUCCUGGCCCGUGCCAACGCCUCCGCAGAGUACCUCUCCUUCCUCCUGCGCGACCACAUCCUAGCCUCUCCCUCUGACCAAGAAUCUCUUAUGUCGUGGAUCAACACCCACCUUGUCACCAAGUACCUUGGCAUCACCGACGCCCUGGAAACUGAGCUCAGCGCUCUUGCUUCGAACCCCCUCGCUGCCCCAUCCAUCUUCGCUCGCAUGGUCAGCACCCGCGCCCGUGUCGGGUGGAGUACCCACGGCCAUAGCGCCGUGGAUGUAAACAUCUACUCGUCUGGUGGCCCCGCGGUUGAGAAGCUCAGGGGAAAUGUGGAAAACACGGAUAUCGGCCAGUUCUUGAUUGAUUACCUAGGUGUGGAUGUGGAUCAGAUUACGAAGGAGUUAAGGGAGAAGAUGGGAAUUGAAGAGAAGGAAGAAGAGGUUACCGUAAUGGACAAAGAGUGGGAGAAGGAGGAUAAACAGGUGACGGGUGGGCAUCCUGUCGAGUGGCUUAAGAAUGUUAUUGACUUGUGA